AUGGAAUCAGAAGAUACUCCAUUGACUGGAGACAGUGCGCCGGAUCCAAGUUCCAACAGUGAUGACUGGCAUGGUAUUGCGCAGCCUGAUUUCUCACAUGGAGAGCAGCCCCCUAGCCCCAAUGCUCUCUGGUUGGUGUUAGAAAAGAAGUUUCUGGAACACAAGCAGGUGAAUUUCAGGACCCCAGAUGAACAUAAGAAGAGCCUGCUGAAUCUUCUUCCCGUGUUCCUAAAGGCCUGGGAACACUCUGUGGGGAUCAUUUGCUUUCCCGAUAUCCAAAUGCUGGCAGAAGAUGUGUCCCAUCAACUUGCCCAAGAGAUACAGAAGGCUCUUGCUGGAAAGCCUGCAGAGCAAGCACGGACAAUGGCUGGGAGGUUACUACAAUGGAAGGGGGAUGCAGAUCAGAGUGGCUACCUGCUUCUGAAGUCUGUGUAUGUGCUCACAGGAACAGACUCGAAGACACUGGGUCAAAUUGCUGAAUCUGGACUCCCAGCCCUGCUCCUACAGUGUCUUUACCUCUUCUUCAUCUUUCCUCCUGAAAAUGAUGAGCUUCCAGAAAACAGCCUUCAAGUUCAGAGGAUGUUUGUGCAGAUGUUGCUCAAUAUUUGCAGUGAGUCUCAGAGUCUUGAAGGACUUGUCUCAGGAACUGAACUUCAGUCUUUACUGAUUGCCACGACCUGCCUUCGGGAGUACUGCUGCAGCUUUUGGAAAGAAUCUACCUUCUGCGUGCUGAGAGCAAUCUCCAAGACCCAGAACCCCAGUGUCAUCCAGUACCUGCAGGCCAUGGAUUGUGUUAAGAUUUCCCUCCAGAACCUCUCCCGACUUGCAGACACAUUCUCAGUUCCAGAGAUGAGCGAGGCUAUUGGCCUCAUCUUGGGCUUUGUGAAGGAUUCCUACCCCAUCUCUUCAGAUUUACUCCUGGAGUUUGAGAACGGAGAGGGCUACCCUCUGCUGCUUAAAGUGCUGCUUCGGUUUGAUGGGCUUUCCCAGAGUGAAAUGGACCCUCACUUGGAAGAGCUUUUCAGGCUGGUGAUGUGGUUGACAACGUGUGGAAGGUCGGAGCUGAAGGUGUUUGACAGCAUCACUUACCCACAGCGUGAAGGCUUCAAGUUCCAUCAUGAGGCUCUUGGGGCGACUGUUAAGAAUCUUCAGGCCUUCCAAGUCCUCCAGAAUGUCUUUCAUAAAGCUAGUAACCCUCUCCUCUGCUCGCAAGUCUUGUCAGCCAUCAGAACAAUGUGGAUCUGGAACACACGCAACUUCUUCCUGCUCGAGUGGACCCUGCAGCCCAUCUCACAAUUUGUGGAAUUCUUGCAUCUUAAGCCAGUCCCAGUACAGAUGCAGUUCUUCCAUCUUCUAGAGAUGAUAGUGUUUGAAUUGUACUAUGUGCCCCAUGAAAUCCUACAGAAGGUUCAGUGCCUGAUCAAGGAGAGCCCUGAGCCACCCUGUACCCUUGUGGCCCUUCAGAGCAUCCACAGGAUUGCAGGCAGUGACCCAUUCUUCACUGACAUCUUCCGGGACUCGGGGCUUCUGGGUCUGUUGCUGGCCCAGCUUCGGAAGCGAGCCAAAAUAAUGAGGAAGUCAGGAAACACUGAGUCUAACCCUGGAGUUCAGGAUCCAGAAAGAGAACUCACAUGCUUGAUGCUGAAGACCGUGGCCACACUUCUUGAAGGCUCAGUUCGGAAUGCAGUUGUCCUGAGAGACCACAGUAUGGUCCCUUUUAUCAAGAUCUUCUUGGAUGAUGAGUGCUACCGUGGAGCAUCGCUCAGCAUCCUAGAGCAACUAGCAGUCAUCAACACAGAGGAGUACAUGAGCAUCAUCGUGGGUGCCUUGUGUUCAUCCACGCAAGGGGAGCUGCAGCUGAAAAGAGACCUUCUCAAGUCUCUAAUUCGGAUCCUGGAUACCCCCAAGGGCCAUGCUGCUUUCAGAGUCUCCAGUGGGUUCAAUGGACUGCUGUCAUUGCUGUCUGAUCUGGAGGGGUCUCUCCAAGAACCCCCACUGCAGAUGCAGGGUCCAGUAUCUCCAAGUCAGAGUUUGGACCUAGUCUUCCACACCCUCUGUGCCAUUUGUGCGGCGCUCCACCUGGACCCUGUCAACAGUGAUUUCUUCCAGAGGAAUGGACUGUUUGAGAAGCUGGCUGAGGAUAUCUGCCUGUUGGGCUGUUUCCGAGUCCUGGAGGAAGAGGCAGCACCACUACAAUCCUGGGCCGACACAAAGGCCAGACCAUUUGCUGAUUUACAGGGUGCUUCCUUUUCUUCCACCAGUCUAUUCCCAUCCAGGAUACAAAACUGCCUCCAGAUCCUCAGCUUUCUGGACAGCAUGACAAGAAGCACCCUCCACCUAAGGAGGGACUUGACCGAAUCUCUCAGGAAAGGUCCAGAAGCUGUUGUGGAUGCCCAGAAAGGAGAUGUCAGCAGUAAUCCUGAAAGUAGCUUCCAGCUGUGGCCAGACCUGGAGGAAAGGAUGGAAGAAAGUGAUGUUGUGAUCAUGCAACCAGGGAUUGUAUGCAUCAUGGUGAGACUGCUGCCCCAGUUGUACGAUGAAGAUUACCCACAGCUUUCCAUGGAGAUCCAGGACUCCCUGACCUACCACCUACAAUCACUGGUAAAGUCAGAGAAGAAUCGCCAGAUCAUGUGUGAGGCCGGCAUGCUCAGCAUCCUCAUUACCACUUGCCACAAGGCCCUAGUCACCAGCAGUCACCCCCUACAUCUGGGCCUCAUCAGAAUUUUUGAGAAGCUUUCCUCACAAGCCAUCACACCUGAUGUGUUAAGGAAGUUUCUAAGCCUUGGAAUUCCCCCACCUGCAUCAGUUGCCACGAAAAUUCUCAAUCUGUCUGGUGUGCAUAGAAGUGACUUGGGAUGCACAGGAACGGAGGCAGCAAUGCCAGGUGUUGCAGAGGGUCCCACGGAUUCUGGCUCUGGAGUCUCAGAGGCCCUCAGGCCCUCAGAAGUGUCUCCCAGCUCAACAGCUGCCCUCCAGACCAUGCUGAGUAUCAUCUCCAUGACCUCCCCUCGAAACCUGCAACCUCAGAGGACAGCCCUGGCUCCAUCAUUUGUGGAAUUUGACAUGUCUACAGAAGGCUAUGGCUGCCUGUUCAUUCCAACUCUGUGUAUGAUUAUGGGAACCAGCACUGAGUAUUCAGUCUCUGGAGGUAUUGGGACAGGUACUGCCAGACCCUUCCCUCCCCCUGGGGGCCUGACCUUCUCUUGCUGGUUCCUGAUUGACCGACAUGGUGCUGCCCAUGAUGGACACCCACUCCGCUUUCUCACACUGGUGCGCCACCUUGCCAGGACUGAGCAGUCAUUCAUCUGUCUCGCCAUCAGCCUCUGCUCUGAUGAUCUAUCCUUGGUUGUGUCCACGGAGGAGAAAGAAUUCCAGCCCUUGGAUACCAUGGAGCCUGAGGAUGGUGCUGAGCCUUCUGCGGGAUGCCAGCUCCAGGUCAGGUGUGGGCAGCUGCUGAAUUGUGGCCAGUGGCAUCACCUAGCUGUGGUGGUCAGCAAGGAGAUGAAAAGGAAUUGCACUGUUUCCACCUAUCUGGAUGGACAAAUCAUUGGAUCAGCCAAGAUGUUGUACAUUCAGGCCCUCCCAGGACCUUUCCUUUCAAUGGAUCCAUCUUCAUUUGUAGAUGUGUAUGGAUAUAUUGGCACUCCUCGGAUUUGGAAGCAAAAAUCUCCAUUGAUCUGGCGUCUUGGCCCUACAUACCUAUUUGAAGAAGCCAUCUCAAUGGAAAUUUUAGAAGUUAUGAAUAAACUUGGCCCAAGAUACUGUGGUAACUUUCAAGCUAUACAUGCCCAAGGAGAAGACACUAAUGGUGAAGCUAUGCCUCUUGUUGCGGAGGAGAGGGUUUCAUUUGGACUUCAUGUAGACAGCUCAUCCAUCACCAGUGUGGUAGACAUAAGACACACUUACAACGAGGUGGACAGCCGUCUGAUAGCCAAAGAGAUGGACAUUUCAUCCCGUGACAGUGCCACACCUGUAUUCUUGCUAAGAAAUUGUGCUGGUCACCUCUCGGGCUCUCUUCGGACAAUUGGAGCAGUUGCUGUGGGCCAACUAGGGAUGAGAGUGUUUCAUUCCAGCCCUGCAGCUAGAAGUCUGGAUUUCAUUGGAGGACCUGCCAUCCUCCUGGGCCUCAUGUCCCUAGCAACAGAUGACCACAUGAUGUAUGCAGCUGUGAAAGUUCUGCACUCGGUCCUGACCAGCAAUGCCAUGUGUGACCGCCUAAUGUGGCAUAUCUCUGGGUACCAGAUAAUGGCGUUUUUGCUGAGAAAAAAGACCUCACUGCUAAACCAUAGAAUAUUUCAACUAAUCCUCUCAAUUACUGGCACUGCAGAACUUGGCUUCCGAUCAUCUGCUAUUGCUAAUGUUGGUGUCUUCCAGCACAUCCUUUGCAAUUUUGAGCUCUGGAGGGAUACUGCAGACAAUCUGGACUUGGCCCUCUUUUCUCAUCUUGUCGAAAUCUUUCAAUCACCAAGGGAAGGACCCAGGAAUGCUAAAGUUGCCCACCAAGUACAGCUAAUACCCAAGCUUGUCUUCCUCUUCAAUCAACCAAGUCUCACCCCCUCCAAGAUCUCCACCAUCAUUGCUAUCCUGGGGCACCAACUUAGGAGCCACUUCAACCUACAGGAUUUGCUCAGGGUCGCACUGUUUGUUGUGUAUACUCUCAAUCCUUCGUCAAUGAAUGAGAGGAAAAUCUGCAUGGAUGGUGACCUGGACCUCUGCACAUCUGCUGGAAGUCAAACUUUUGGAAAGACAGUCUGUCUUAGAAACCAGUUGCUGGAGAUGCUGUUCAAUGUAAUAUCUUCUUGCCACUUUCAUUUGGCCUCUGAGUCAAAGGAAGAGACAUUUCUGAACCUGGGGCCAGACUGGUUCCUGCUUCUCAUUCAGGGCCACCUGCAUCCCAGCACAGUUGUGCUGGGGCUAAAGCUACUGCUGCACUUUUUGUCAAAUCCCAUCCUCCGUGGGCUUUUUAAAGAGGGCAUCUCCACUGGAUCCUGGCUGGAGAAAAGCACUGCCGGCAUGAAUGUCAUGAUGGAGAACCUGAAGAGUUCCCCUGCCAUACAUGAGCAGAUCCCCUGCCUGCUUCCUGGGUUUCGUGUGUUGAAUGACUUUCUGGCCCACCAUGUUCACAUUGCUGAAGUCUACUUCAUCGUGUCCACCUUCUUCUUACAGACUCCACUCACAGAGAUGACUAACGAACCCCAUGACAACCUGGAAGCCAUGUUUCAGUGGCUCCUGAAGAAUCACCAUAGGGAAGAGGUUCUCCGAGCCGGGCUGUGCCUGGAAGGUGCCUUACUACUUCUGGAAAUGCUAAAAGUCACUGUCAAACAGCCCUUGACAGGUUCUGAAGAUGGCACUUGGGAACAGACCUUAGCGACCAGCAUGCUGCAAUUCCUGGGCCUCGUCCUCCAUGCCUAUCCCCAGGAUCCCAUGUGGCAUGCCCCAGAGUUUCUUCAGACUUUGGUCACAGUCACCUUCCCUCUGGGAAUCCAAAAGGGGUCCUUGGCUAAAUCCACCUGGAAUACUAGUAGUCCUAUGGCCACAACUGAAGGUUACAAUGCUGUGGAGAGUCCCCAGGCUACUUCCAAUCUGCAUCCUACCCAAAAACAACUAAGAGAGUUCACAAAGCUCCUCUUGAGGGAGCUUCUAAAAACGGCCUCCUCCCCCAAGCAUUGGCUGGUGCUGGAUGUGCUCUUGGAGGCUUCUCCAGACAAUGUCACUAGCCAACAGAAGCGAAACUUCCAGUCUGAGGUCCUUCUAUCCACCAUGGAGAUAUUUCACACAAUGACUGAAGGCAAUGCACUGAUACUAGGAGGCAAUAAGAAACCUGAGCCCAAAGCAGAAUCUGCUACCACUCCACCCCUCACAAACAUCUCGUACUUCAUACAGAAGCUGGUAGAGAAGCUGCACUGUGGGAUGUUCACAGCUGACCCCAGACACAUUCUUCUCUUCAUCACAGAGCAUAUUGUGAUGGUUAUUGACAAUGCAUCUUCUCAGAGGGAGGUCAGCCUCAAUUCUUUGUAUAGCAGUUUGAAUAAAGCCAUUCUGUACUGCCUUUCCAAGCCCCAGCAGUCCUACUCUGAAUGCUUCAGACUUCUCAGCAUCCUGGACUUUCUGCAGAAGCACUGGGACAUUGUUUUUGCCACCUAUAAUUCCAAUGUCAACUUUCUCAUGUGUCUCAUGCAUUGCCUUUUGCUGCUCAAUGCAAGAAGCUAUCCAGAAGGGUUUGGAUUGGAGCCUAAGCCUAGAAUGACUCCUUACCAUCAAGUCUUUCUAAAUGAAGAAGUGAGAGGAAAAAGAGAAGAAGAUUCUUCAAGUUUGAGUGAUGUCCAGCACAACAUCCAGAAAAUGGUGCAGAUUCUCUGGCAGCAACUUGUGGCACAGAGUCGGCAGGCACUGGAAGAUGCCUUCAAAAUUGAUCUUUCUGUGAAACCUGGAGAGAGUGAAGUGAAGAUUGAAGAGGUCACCCCACUCUGGGAGGAGACAAUGCUCAAAUCCUGGCAGCAUUACUUAGCAUCUGAGAAGAAAAUUCUGGCGAGUCACUCUAAUAUCACCCAUCACAGCAAAGUCACAUCAUGGGGUCAAAGCCUGUCUUCAGCCAUGAGACUGAUGCCCAGCCGACUGGCCAAGGAUCCAGAAUGCAAGGCAGAGGAUUUUGUGUCAUGUAUAGAGAACUACAGAAGAAAAGGACAAGAACUAUAUGCAUCUUUAUACAAAGAUCAUGUGCAGAGGCAGAAAUGUGACCACAUUAAGGCAGCUAGUGCCUGGGCUAGCACCAAGAAGCAGCUUUUUGGGGAGCUUGGCUUGUGGGGCCAGACAGUGGGAGCCACACCUUGCUCACAGUGGGAACUGGACUGGCGUGAAGGACCCAGUCGCAUGAGAAGAGUCAGAAGAUUGUCUCUACUGGAGGACCUGAGUCAAGCCGCCUCCAAGGAGAGCCAAGACAGAAAUGAUGUUUCUCAAACAAAUGCUAAAAACCAAGAUGAACUAACACCAGAUGAGAGUGAGAGAGACAAAGUGGUGGUGGACUGCACUCAGCUGACAUUCUUCCCUGCCUUACAUGAAAGUCUGCACUCAGAAGACUUCUUAGAACUCUGUAAGGAAAGACAAGUUGUUCUACAGGAGCUUCUUGAUCAAGAAAAGGUGUCACUGAAGUACUCCCUCGUGAUUGUGCAAGGACAUCUGGUCUCAGAAGGGGUCCUUCUGUUUGGACAGCAGCACUUCUACAUCUGUGAGAACUUCACACUGUCUCCCAUGGGUGACGUCUACUGUACUCGCCACUGCUUAUCCAACAUCAGCGAUCCAUUCAUUUUCAGUAUGUGCAGCAAAGACAUGUCCUGUGACCAUUACUCGUGCCAGCGCCACAGCUAUGCAGACAUCAAGGAGAUUCACCGAACACGAUUCCUCAUGCAGGAAAUUUCCCUGGAAAUCUUCUUCCAAAAUGGAUAUUCCAAGUUCCUUGUCUUCCACAACAAUGACCGGAGUAAGGUCUUCAAAAGCUUCUGCUCUUUCCAGCCCAGAUUGAAGGGGAGAGGCAUUACAGAGGACUCCAUCAACCUAAGGAAACACCCUGGCUCAGACAGAACCAUGCUGCAGAAGUGGCAGAAAAGGGAAGUCAGCAAUUUUGAGUAUCUCAUGUACCUCAACACACUGGCUGGGAGGACCUACAAUGACUACAUGCAGUAUCCAGUGUAUCCUUGGGUUCUUGCUGACUACACCUCAGAGACAUUGAACUUGACAAACCCCAAAAGUUUCCGGGAUCUUUCAAAGCCCAUGGGGGCUCAGAGCAGGGAAAGAAAGCUGAAAUUUAUCCAGAGGUUUAAAGAAGUUGAGAAGACCGAAGGAGACCUCACCGUUCAGUGCCACUACUACACUCACUACUCCUCGGCCAUCAUUGUUGCCUCCUACCUGAUCCGGAUGCCACCCUUCACCCAGGCCUUCUGCUCUCUGCAGGGUGGAAGCUUUGAUGUGGCAGAUAGAAUGUUCCACAGUGUGAAGAAUGCAUGGGAGUCUGCCUCAAGGGAGAACAUGAGUGAUGUCAGGGAACUGACUCCAGAAUUCUUCUACUUGCCUGAGUUUCUAACAAACUGUAAUGCAGUGGAGUUUGGCUGCAUGCAGGAUGGGACAAUGCUGGGAGAUGUGCAACUCCCUCCCUGGGCUGACGAAGACCCUCGGAAAUUCAUCAGCUUGCAUAGACAGGCUUUGGAAAGUGACUAUGUCAGUGCCAACCUCCACCAAUGGAUAGACCUCAUUUUUGGAUACAAACAGCAAGGCUCGGCUGCAGUGGAGGCUGUUAACACAUUCCACCCCUACUUCUAUGGUGACAAGAUGGACCUCAGCAGCGUCAAAGAUCCUCUGAUCAAGAGCACUGUCCUGGGUUUUGUCAGCAACUUUGGACAGGUGCCCAAGCAGCUCUUCACCAAACCCCACCCAGCCAGGACCACCACAGGGAAACCAUCACCUGGAAAAGAUGUGAACAUACCCCCAAACCUGUUGGGUCAUCCUCAGCCAUUUUUCUACAGCCUGCAGUAUCUGAGGCCCUCACCAGUCAUAGUCAAAGAUAUGUACCUCUUCUCUCUAGGUUCUGAAUCUCCCAAGGGAGCCAUCGGCCAAAUCAUCUGCACCGAGAAGACCAUCCUGGCUGUGGAGCGGAACAAGGUGUUGCUGCCUGACCUCUGGAACAGGACCUUCAGCUGGGCCUUUGAUGACUUCAGCUGCUGCCUGGGCACCUAUGGCUCUGACAAGGUCCUGAUGAAGUUUGAGAACCUGGCCUUCUGGGGACGCUGCUUGUGUGCCGUGUGCCCAUCUGCAAUGACGAUCAUCACCUCAGGAACCAGCACUGUUGUGUGUGUGUGGGAGCUCCGCAUGGCCAAAGACCAGGCAAGAGGCCUGCACCUCAGGAAGGCCUUAUAUGGGCACACAAAGGCUGUCACAUGCCUGGCAGCAUCAGUCACCUUCAGCCUUCUGGUGAGUGGCUCCCAGGACUGCACCUGCAUCUUGUGGGACCUGGAUCUCCUCACUCACGUAGCCCGACUUCCUGCCCACAGGGAAGGCAUCUCGGCCAUCGCCAUCAGUGAUGUCUCGGGUAUUAUUGUCUCCUGUGCUGGAGCCCAUUUGUCUUUAUGGACUGCCAGUGGACAGGCACUGGCUAGCAUCACCACAGCCUGGGGCCCAGAAGGAGCUAUAACCUGCUGCUGCAUAGUAGAAGGACCAGCAUGGGACACAAGCCAUGUCAUCAUCACCGGAAGUCACGACGGUAUAACCCGGAUUUGGAAGACUGAGGAUGUGAAGAUAUCUACUUCUGGGCAUACAAUGACAGAGAAGCCCUCAGUUCAGCCUUCAAGCUCAAAAGGUACCUGUCACAGGUGGGAGAAGAAUUUGGCCCUUUGCCAAGAGCUGGAUGUCAGUGUUGCUUUGACAGGGAAGCGCAGUAAGACCAGCUCCGCAGUGACAGCUUUGGCUGUGUCCAGAAACCAGACCAAACUCCUAGUCGGUGAUGAGAAGGGGAGAAUCUUCUGCUGGUCUGCAGAUGGGUAG